AUGGUUCCAUCUCUCAAGAAAUACAUGAAGGAGAUCCUCACCGAUAAGCUCAGUUUGGAGAAAGGGGAAAAAUGUGGAGAUCCAGGACCAUUUACUCUGCCUUGCACAAUAGGAGAUCUCAAGUUCAACAAAUGUCUCUGCGAUUUAGGAGCAAGUGUGAGCCUAAUGCCGCUCAGCGUUGCAACGCGACUUGGUCUCUACACCUUCAAACCAACCCAGGUCACUUUAGUCCUUGCUGAUCGCUCUACCCGACGUCCAGAAGGGGUUUUGGAGAACUUACCGGUGCAGACUGGGAACUGCUACAUACCCACGGACUUCAUUGUUUUGAAACUCGAUGAGGAAUCCCAAGAACCCAUUCUACUCGGAAGACCCUUUUUAGCCACGGCUGGUGCAAUGAUCAACGUCCGGGAGGGAAAAAUUGAUUUGCACAUGGAUGACUUGGUCCUGAGAUUCAACCUGGAGAAAGUGGCCAAGAAACCCACAAUCGAUGGCCAAACCUUUUGGGUUGACACAAUAGGGGAAAUAGAUGAUGAGAUCUAUGAAGAAGUGUGUACAAGUGAUCACCUGGCCAUGGCAUAA